AGUAAUGAUGCGAUUUCAGAAGUUUUUGAAAAUUAUUUUGAUGAUUCAAGUAUAAAUGAAGACAAAAACAUGAAAAAUGAUAAGACCAUAAUGUUUGAAAAUUCACAAACAACAGUUUUCCAAGUUAUUCUAAUGAUUCAUACUUAUUGCGUGCGAUUCAAUGUAUCUGAUGAAGGAAGGCAUGCUUUAUUUAAUAUGGCCAAAAUUUGGGCAGACCCAAAAGUUGAAAAUAUUAAUUAUACGAAAUAUAAACUAAGUAAACGUUUAGACCCUACGGAAAAUAUUUAUCAAUACAUUUUUUAUUGUUCUAAAUGCAAUUGCCUACUAGGAAAAUUUGUAAAAAAAGAUUUGAUAUUAAAUACUCAAAGUAUUUGCGACAAAUGCCAACAAAAUUAUAAAAUAACUACUAAUGCAAUGAAUUAUUUUUUGAGUAUAGAUGUUAAAUUUCAAAUGAAGACUUUAUUAGAAAAUGUAACUAUACGUAAAAUGUUAAUGGAAAAUAUAACUAUUAUUAAGAAUAGAUUAAAAAAGAAAAGAAUAAACACUAUAAAUGAUGUAUAUGAUGGAGAAUUGUACAAAAAUUUAUAUAACAAUCAACAGGAAAACACUAUCUUAUUAACUUUUAAUUUCAAUUCUGACGGCGCACCGAUUUCUAAAAGUAGUAAAAGUGGUAUAUGGCCUAUUCAGAUAAUAAUUAAUGAGUUACCACCUCGAGUGCGGUUUAGAUAUAUUUUGCUUGCAGCAAUGUGGAUGACGAGAUCUGAACCAAGUCCACAAUUUAUGAAUUUGUACAUGAAGAUAUUUAUUGAUCAAUUAAGAAAUCUGAUGGAAAAUGGAAUUACAAUAAAAUUAUCUAACAAUAAAGAAAUUAUCUUCAUACUAAAACCUUUGUGCGCAGCAGUAGAUUCAGUAGCACGACCUGUUAUGCAAAAUCGUUUGCAAUUCAAUGGUCAUUAUGGAUGUAGUUGGUGCUAUCAUUUUGGAAAAUACGAAGAUGGUGCUAUGCGAUAUCCUUUUGAAGAUGAAGAUUCUCUUUUACGAAAUCACAACACUUUUAUCCAAAAUAUGAUAGAAACUGAAGAAACUAACAAAUUUGUAAUGGGCGUUAAAGGAUAUGCAGAAAUUACUAAUCUCGAUAAUUUUGAUUGUAUAUGGGGUUUUCCAUUUGACUAUAUGCAUGGUCUCUUACUUGGUACGGUUUGUACUUUAUGGACAAAAAUUUGGACAGUGAAGGGAACAAAUAAAUUCAAUCUCUCAAAGAAAGAUAUAAAAAAAGUCGAGGAAAGAUAAUUAAACAUUAGAAUGACUCGCGAAAUUCAUCGUACUCCUCGUUCAUUCAAUGCUGGAAAAUGGAAAGCUAGCGAAUGGAGAUCUUGGAUCUUAUACACAAGCCUUCCAUGUUUGUUAGAAAUAUUAGAAACAAAAUUUUUAAGCUCUUUUGCAUUACUAGUACGUUCAACACACAUUCUUUUAUCUGAAAAUAUAACAGUCAAGGAUCUGGAACAAUGCAGAAUAGAUCUCAUUCGAUUUACUGGAAAUUGUAAAGAGUAUUAUGGAUUUUCAGCUAUGACUUUCAAUACUCAUGCCUUACUACAUGUAAUUGAUCAUGUAUACAAAAGUGGUCCACUUUCUAUGACUUCUACUUUUCCAUUUGAAAACGGAAUUUUUGUAUUAAAACAAAAAUUAACAAGUCCGAAGGGUGUUCUGAAACAAAUAUCGAAACGUUUAAUUCAGAAAACUAUAUUGGAAAGCAAGCUAUUGAAUACAAAUGAUGAUAUCUCUUUUCAAGUUUGUAGAAAUUUAUUGAAC